AUGAAAAGUCAAACCUCAAUUUUCGGAAUUCGCGAAGUGCCCCGCAGCAAGGGAAACAUGAGUAUACCCAGUGAGGCGACGUCGGCAGGGGAUCCGACGGACAGAUACAGCGUCGUCGACUGGGGCACCGCCUGGAGCGCCGGCUUUGACUUGAACGCGCUGGAGGACAGCGAAUGGCUAUACGCGGCCAUGAAGCGCGAGGAGCGCCUGCUGCGGCGCCGGCGCGACCCGGUCGCGCUCGACCUGGGAGGCGGCUGGCAAUACGGGCGACGAGAGGCCAGGCGCGACAACGUGGUAUACGGCUUCGUGUACGAGAUGUACGGAGCAAACGGAGAGUGA